AUGUCGGCAUUCCGCACCUUUCUGAAGACCGAAGUCCAGGGAGCUUGGGCCCUCCUUGGCCAGGUCGUGUCGUCAUUCACUCCAGUCUCACCAGGGCAAGCUCAAUUCGAUUCUGUAGCUCAUAAAGGGUUGCUUGUCCCCGAUCUUGCACCGUGGUGGAAAACAGGCGGUUUCCUCGCAACAGCAUCGCCCAUCAUGUCCCUACUACAAUCUCUUCUGCACCUCACCAACUUCAAGAACCCUCUGCUGCGGACUCUGAUCCCCGCCGUCUCAGCAGCAUAUGCGAUCCAGGCAGCCUUUGCUGUACCGUCAAUCGUCGCCCAAAAUGAACGUUUCUACGACUUCUCCGGGUCGCUGACCUACUUGUCCGUUACUGCUCUGAGCUUAUACCUGCCCUCUCUCCGUGCCAAAUACUCCUCGGCCGUUGCCAGUUCAGCACCGCUCCCUGGUCUGCUCGAAGCGUUCACCAAGCCCGGUGGCGUGGGAGCCCUCAACUGGAGACAAGUCGUCAUCAGCGGUGCCGUCGCGUUCUGGGCUGUCAGACUCGGAUCAUACCUCUUUCAGCGCAUCUUGGAAGAAGGCAAAGACUCUAGAUUCGACGAGAUCAAAAAGUCCCCGGCGAAGUUUGCUGGCGCCUGGUUCGCCCAAGCAACCUGGGUUUCCCUCUGUCUCAUGCCCGUCAUCGCUUUGAACUCCGUACCAGCCGCCGCCUUCGCCUCCCUUCCCGCUUUCAAGAUCACGGACGCCAUUGGCCUGUUCGUCUACGUCGCUGGCUUCGCAUUCGAGAUCACGGCAGACAGGCAGAAGAGCAAGUGGCUGCGCGAGAAGCGCGCAAAGGCCCACGACGAGGAGUUCAUGACCAAGGGUCUGUGGAGUGUUAGCCAAUACCCCAACUACUUUGGUGAGAUGUCACUCUGGACAGGUAUCGCGACUGCGGCGGCUGGAGUACUUGUGACACAACCCAUUCAAUUGGCCCUCGGCUUGUCGUCUGGUGUCACCGGGCCACUUACUGCGAUGGCCAUGUCCUAUGUGAGCCCGGCCUUUGUCAGCUUCCUUCUCCUCAAGGUGUCGGGAGUGCCCAUGAGCGAGAAGAAGUACGACAAGCGCUACGGUGACCGCAAGGACUACCAGGAGUGGAAGAAGAACACACCCAAGUUGUUCCCCAAGAUCUUCUAA